AUGGAGUUAGACACAAAGUACAGAGAAGAUCUCACCUAUCAACCACUUCUCUUGUCCCAUAAUUUCUUGAAACCCGAAAUCGAAGAUGAGUUCUCAUUUGAAUCUUGUUCAUCCAAGAACUUCUUCCAAGAUCUUCACCAUUUUGAUCAGUUUUUGCUUAAUGAGUCCUUAGUGAACCUUGAACCCGGGGUCCAAACAACUUGUUUCGAUCCUAUCGACCCCUUCUCGCAUGGGAAUUCGAAUAAUCUCAAUUUCUUUGAGCAGUUUAAGCCAUUUCAUGUAGAAAAUGGUGGAAAUGGUGCAAUCAUGCAGAAUUUUCAGGUUGGUGGAUAUUUCAAUUACCCUAAGAAAACUCCGGUCGACGUGACCAUGGCCGGUCGAACCCUAACUUUUCCCUUAAGUUACCAAGAGGCCAAACCUAUGAAUUUUGUGAUACCAGAUGAGGGCUCAUGCAUAAUGGCUGAUAAUGGGUACUACAAGGAAGUUGGUAUGAAAAAGAACAGUGCUUCUAAGUCGAAUAAAAAGGCAUGCAAAAGCCGUAAGAAGUCGAAUUCAAUCAAGGGGCAGUGGACCAUUGAAGAAGACAGACUCUUAGUUCAUUUGGUUGAAAAGUUUGGAAUGAGGAAAUGGUCUCAUAUUGCUCAGAUGCUGAAAGGAAGGAUAGGGAAGCAAUGUAGAGAGAGAUGGCACAAUCAUCUAAGGCCGGACAUCAAGAAGGAUGUUUGGAGUGAGGAGGAGGAUAAGAUACUAAUUCAGGCCCAUGCAGAAGUAGGAAACAGAUGGGCUGAAAUUGCAAAGAGACUACCAGGAAGAACUGAGAACUCCAUCAAGAACCACUGGAAUGCAACCAAAAGAAGGCAAUACUCUAGGCGAAAAUGUCGCUCCAAACACCCAAGACCAAGUUCUCUUCUUCAGAACUAUAUCCAGAGCUUAAACUUAGAUAUUAUUGCCAAAUCUGAUGACAAUAAUUCCAAAUUUAAUGCUUCAUCUGGUACUGCUGGCAUUCAUGCUCUCCUCAAACCUGAUGAUCAUGCUAAAGCACAAAAUCUGGCAUUAGAGGCCUCCGAGUUCUGUCCCGGUGACCGGCUGGUUCCGGAUUAUGACUUCGACAAGAUCCCGGAUUUCGCUCUGGAUGAGAAAUUGUUUGAAGAGAGUGGUGGUACUAUUGAUUCUCUUCUUCUUGAUCACUUGCCUUGUGGUUCUGUUGUUGAUGAGAAAAGCUUUGACCUGGAGAUGAUGCCACCAUUAGAUGAUCAUCUGGCAUCAUUUAUGCAAUGUACUGAAGUGAAGAAGGAGCUGGAUUUGGUGGAGAUGAUAACCCAAGUCAAUCUUUAA